AUGCCUUUCGUCAAGUACAUCCUGCCUGCCCUGGCUGCCAGCCAGCUCGCAUUCGCUUCUUCUGACCCAUGUGGUGACGCCAAGGUUCAGAACCAGGGUGAUGCCGAUGCUCUCGCGAGUUGCGGUACCAUCAAGGGUGAUAUCACCAUCGCCAAGAGCUACACUGGUACCCUUUCGUUCAGCGGUUUUGAGAACGUUACUGGUUCCAUCACUUGUGAUGGUGGUGAGAACAUCACCGACAUCACCGCCGACAAGAUCAUCAAGAUUGGCAAGGAAUUCAACCUCAACGGCCUGACCCGCCUGACCACCCUCGCCUUCGGCAACCUGAACAACGUUGGUUCCAUCUCGUGGAACGCUCUUCCCAAGCUCCAGUCUUUGAACUUCAACGCUGGAGUCACCCAGGCCGGUGAUGUUAUGAUCCAGAACACUGGCCUGACCUCCCUGGACGGUAUCUCCCUGAAGCAGGUUGGCAUGUUCCAGAUUCAGAACAACCGUGAUUUGAUGAAGAUCAACAUCAACAACCUGAUGAACGCGUCCGACCUGAUCAACUUCUCUGGCAACUACGACCAGCUCAUGAUCGAUCUCCCCAACCUCGGUACCGGUACCAACAUGACCUUCCGCAACAUCUCCAGCAUCUCUCUGCCCUCCCUGGAGAAGCUGACCGGUCAGCUCGGCUUCUGGGGCACUGAAUUCAAGACCUUCUCCGCCCCUAACCUCACCACCGUUGGGGACGUUGUCUUCAUGGACAACUCCAAGUUGACAAACAUCACUAUGCCCGUUCUGACCACGGUCAGCGGUGGUUUCAACAUUGCCCGUAACGACAAGCUCUCCAGCAUCAACUUGCCCAAGCUGAACAGGGUCACUGGUGCCAUUGACUUCUCCGGCAAGUUCAACACUGUCGACUUGAAUGGCCUGAACGAUGUUGAGGGUGGCUUCAGCCUGCAGAGCACUGACGGCAACUUCAGCUGCAACCACUUCGACAACCUCCGCAAGAACGUCAGUAAGGGAAAAUACAAGUGUGAUGCCAAGACUAACAAGCCCACCACCUCCAACGGUAACUCUGGUACCGCUUCCAGCUCCGGCUCCAGCAGCUCCGGCUCCUCCAGUGCUACCAGCUCUGGUGCCGCUGUCGCCAACGGUGCCAGCGUUGCUGUUACUGGUGUUGCCGCCUUCUUCUACGCUGUUGCCCAGCUUCUGUAA